AUGCAGCUGGUGGCCAGCCUGGUGUCCAUUCUGCUGCUGGUGUGGAGCGUGAGAGCCACUGCACUGCCUGGAGAAGAGAGACUCGCAAUACAGAACGCUAGGGAACAGAGCACAGUCCGGAAAGAUGCCAUCCUGAAGAUGCUGGCAGGCCUGCUGGACAGCGUGGACACGGGGCGCGAGGCGGCCUCCCCGGAUGUGGAAGAGGAGGGCAAGCUGGAGGAGGAGCGGGCGGUGCUGGGGCGGCUCGCCCAGCUAUCGCAGAGGGACCGCAAGGCCCCCUGCAAAAACUUCUUCUGGAAAACCUUCACCUCCUGCUAG